AUGAAGAUGGGAGAAAGCACUCAGCUUCAGCGGGUAAUAGGAUAUUUCCAUGGGACGAUUUUUUUAUUCAGUAUCAUCAUAGGUGCGGGAAUAUUUAUUGCUCCUAAAGGGGUGUUAAAAUACUCUUCACUCAACGUGGGGGUGUCCCUAAGUAUCUGGGCUGCUUGUGCUGUGGUGUCUAUGCUGGCUGCCCUGAGUCACGCAGAGCUGGGGACCACCUUCCCUAGAAGUGGAGCACAGUAUUAUUUCCUCAAAAGGUCUCUUGGACCCUUUGUUGCUUUCUUCUACCUCUGGAUCAAUCUAUUCAGUACUCCCGCGGGAAUUGCUGCGCGCGGCUUGCUGCUAGCGGGGUACAUUACGCAGCCUUUCUAUCCUGGGUGUCUUGUUCCAGAGAUGCCAAAGAAAUGUUUGGCUUUGGCUAUCUUGUGGUGCUUGGGAAUUCUGAAUGCUCGGGGAGUGAAGGAGGUGACGUGGUUUCAGACUGUCAGUACCGCUGUGAAAGUGACAGUUCUCGGCUUCAUCUCUGUAACUGGAAUCGUGUUGCUGGUGAGAGGAAGAAGGGAGAACCUAGCCAGGUUUGAGAAAGCAUUUGAUGCUGAAGUUCCGGAUGCUUCACAGAUUGCCGAAGCCUUCUUACAAGGACUGUAUGCAUAUUCUGGUUGGGGAGUCCUUGUCCGAAUAGCAGGAGAGCUGAAAAACCCUGGUGAGAAUAUCCCCAAAUGUGUGGUCACUGCACUUACCCUCGUGGCACUGAUCUACUUACUGGUUAACGUCUCCUACCUAGCCGUCCUGACCCCGAAGGAAAUCGUGUCCUCAGAUGCUGUUGCUGUUACUUGGAUGGAUAGAGUAAUCCCUUCCAUGCAAUGGGCCGUUUCACUUGGCGUUUCUUCCUCAAUAGUUAGCUCCCUCAACUGCAGUGUAUUUUCAACAUCAAGGUUAUGGUACAUGGCAAGCCAGGAGGGUCAGCUACCUUUGAUCCUCUCAACGUUGAAUAUUCACUCUUGUCCAGUUGCAGCUGUGAUUCAGAUGCUCAUCUUUGCCUCCAUCUUAAUUAUUCCCUCAGACUUAAUCCUUUUAAUAAAUUAUGUGGGAUUCACAGACUGGAUUCAGCUUGGGCUAAUGAUGAUGGGCUUGCUUAAACUGAGAUUCCAGGAGCCCAACCUACCCAGACCUUACAAGGUACGCUUGCCAUUUGUAUUUGGAACCAUGGCCAUGUCUUUGUUCUUGGUUUUGACACCCAUCAUCAAAGAACCUAAGCUGAGAAAAAAAAAAAAAAACAACCUGUGGGUAAUUGAGGACAAAACUAGGAGGCUGGCGGACUGCGGGCGGCCACGCGCACUCCGGAGAGCCAGCAAGGCGCGCCUGGCUGCCAGGAGAAGCGGGCUGGAGGCGCGGAGGGCCCCGCUCUGGGAGACUCCUGACGGCCUCCGCCUGGCCUUCCACAGGGAGGCUGCGAGCGAGCAGAGCCGCCUGUGUAGAAGGACUCUGAGCUUAGCAGUUAAGGCGUCGGUCCAGCAGGCAUGA